AUGGCCUCCGUCGCAACCAAAUCCCCAACUCCCGUCAUGCCUACUUCCUACUCAAUGUCGCAGGACCUCUCCCGCGCCAUGACAAACUCUACCCAGAAGACGGAAAAGACCCGCUCAAUCCUCAUUGACGGCAUGCCUCCCGCGCCUCCUCCAUCGCCUGUCGCCUUCUCCAAGGGCAAGGCUUGCUACAAUAACAUCUCCAGCUUCAGCCUGGAGUGA